CGGGGGCGGCGCUCGGCCUGGCCCGGGCCGUCGCCCCCGCCGGUCCCACCGCCGGUGCCUCCGUCCGCCCGUCCCGCGCCGGCUCCCGCGCCAUGAGCUGCACGCAGUUCAACAAGGGCCCUUCCUACGGGCUCUCGGCCGAGGUCAAGAACCGGCUCCUGUCCAAAUAUGACCCCCAGAAGGAAGCCGAGCUCCGAGGCUGGAUAGAGGGACUCACAGGCCUCUCCAUUGGCCCCGACUUCCAGAAGGGUCUGAAAGAUGGGGUCAUCCUCUGCACACUCAUGAACAAGCUGCAGCCGGGCUCUGUCCCCAAGAUCAAUCGUUCUAUGCAGAACUGGCACCAGCUGGAAAACCUCUCCAACUUCAUCAAGGCCAUGGUCAGCUACGGCAUGAACCCCGUGGACCUGUUUGAGGCCAACGACCUGUUCGAGAGUGGGAAUAUGACGCAGGUGCAGGUGUCUCUGCUUGCCCUGGCGGGAAAGGCCAAGACCAAAGGACUGCAGAGUGGUGUGGACAUCGGGGUCAAAUACUCGGAGAAACAGGAGAGGAACUUUGAUGACGCCACCAUGAAGGCCGGCCAGUGCGUCAUCGGGCUGCAGAUGGGCACCAACAAAUGUGCCAGCCAGUCCGGCAUGACGGCCUACGGCACCAGGCGACAUCUCUAUGACCCCAAGAACCACAUCUUACCACCCAUGGACCACUGCACCAUCAGCCUCCAGAUGGGCACCAAUAAGUGUGCCAGCCAGGUGGGCAUGACGGCUCCGGGGACCAGGAGGCACAUCUACGACACCAAGCUGGGCACUGACAAGUGCGACAACUCUUCCAUGUCCCUGCAGAUGGGCUACGCGCAGGGCGCCACCCAGAGCGGCCAGGUCUUCGGGCUGGGGCGCCAGAUCUAUGACCCCAAGUACUGCCCGCAGGGCCCAGCCGCCGACGGGGCUCCGACCACCAGUGACAGCAGGGCUGAGGCCCCCGAGUACCUGGCCUACUGCCCGGAGGAGGCCGGCUACUGAGCACCCAGGGGCUAGCUCCUUGCCUCAGCAUCCUGCGUGGGGUUUGGGGCUUUUGUUGUUGUCUGUUUCUGUGUUUUCAUUGUGUUGUUUUUUUGAAACUGGGCCUUACUUUGUAGCCCUCUCUGGCCUGGAACUCGCUGCAAUCCUCCUGCCUCAGCUUCCCGAGGGCUGGGAUGACAGGCUCCCCCCUACACACACACCCAUCGUGCCUUGCUUCUUUCCCAGGAUUGAUUCAGCAGGCAGGGAACAUGGGGGUCCUUGCUGGGGUAGCCAGCAGGCUGUGGGAGAGGGUGGCCCCAAACAGUUUCCUGUUUCUUCAUCUCUUCCGCAUGAGCUUGUGGUUUGCGGACCCGUGGAAACUGCAGGUAGUGUCAACGAAAUAAAACAAGGGGUUUUGUGUUUUGUUUGUCCCCAUGCGGGGUGGGGGGAGGCAUGGGUGUGCACCGGGCCUUUAACCAUACCGCAGGCAUACUGAGGGGCUGCAUUUGCUUUCCCAAGACCCUCAGACCCCACCCCCCAGUGCCCAGUGAGGAAAUUGAGGCAGGCCAGACCCAACCACACCUGCAGCCCUUCCUGGUUCCUGCUCUCGCUUCCGCUGCCCGUCCGCCUCCAAAAGUGCUGCACGUGACCCACAGGGGCCCCUGAGCUGCCAGAUAAUGUGAAAUUCUGUGGACCAAAACCAAUAAAAACCUCUGUUUCUAAGAGUAAA